AUGAAGCCAAGCAUAUUCUCAAAAUCCCUUUACACAGAACUGAUCAUCCUGAUAUGUGAAAAUGGCUACCAGACAAAAAAGACGGGCUUUCUCGUUUGCCGUGAGAGCCCGCAAGAAGCCGUGGGGUCCAGUGGGCAGGCUGUGACUGGUAUUGGUAUCCCUUUGUCUGGGGCUCUUUGGUUUCUCCUUAAAUGUCUGGUUUCAAGUCCAGCUGGUAGGGUCACAGCAACAGCCGUGACUUACUCGUAUAGUAGGUACGCGGUUGACAUUGGAGUGAGGUCUGAUAAGGUCGAGGUGAAGGUUGAGGACAUAGUGUCGUUUUUGCGUGGCCACAAGAUGAAGAGCCUGAAAGCAGUAGAAGUUGUAAGAUGA